ACGACCUGGUUUCAUACUAUCGCGACCGGGCGGACCUUCCAGCCUGGUGAAUGCGAACUAGGCUCGCUCCGUCGUCGACGCAGUUCAUUGUGCUGGUACUCCGCUCUCUGGCUCGCCGGGCGCGCAUGGCGGACUCGGCCCGCGGGCGCUGUUGCGAUUUCGGAAAUGCUCGCUCGGCGUUGGGCUCGGGAGAUCGUCGUGUCGAGGGGCGGCAUUUGGAGAGUUCGUCGGCAGGCUUUGUUGUUGAGGGCGAUGGACGAGACGCAGAAUUUGGUACGAGGAGUUUGUUGCGCUUGUUCCGCGGUCGAGAACCUCGCGUUUGGUCUCCUCGUGCGAGUAUCUGCUUCUCGUCCGUCGUCGACUUGUUCGGCUGCAAAGCAGGCGGUUUCUGGGAUUCGUUCUCCUCCCGAUUCGAUCACGAUGCUCGAUUGAGAAACUUUGUUUUCUUGCGCCACUCGGACUGAAUGAAACGGCUUUCCGUUGAGGUCUAUUAUUGAAAUAGCCUUUUGCUAUGAUAUUGAAGUGAUCUUGAAUCAUCUAUCACGCGUUAAGCCUUGAGAAUGCGGAACUCUCUGCACUGGGUUCGGCGCAUUGCUUGAAGAAUUGAGAGUAUAGGACUCCGAAGUUCACAGCAACAUUCGUUAUCAGGUUCAGUAAGUGGUCAAGCGGGAAUAUUGUCAGCACUUCUUCGCCGCUACGUGGUUGGGUUUUUCGGAGUCCGUGUGAAGAGAAGUAGUCCUCUUAGACCUGGUGGCUGGCAUCCAUCGAGAGCUGUGUUAGCACUUAUCAGGGAUGACGAAGUUCAGAGCAAGGACGCGCAGACAGUUCUGUAGAUUCGCAUCACAUGUACGGAUAUGGUCUCCUCUCUUGUCUCGGUACACUCUUGGUGUGGGUGGCCGGGAGCUUAUACGCCCUUGGUGCGGACAUUGCUGGUUGGUUCAGGCGCUGUCAGUCGACUGGAUGGAAGGAUACUGAAAGUUGGUGAGAAUCUGGCUUUGAGAUCUAGUUACCAUUGACGAGUUUCAUUGGGGAAGACUGGACGGUACGUUAGGUACUUAUUCGACACAAGUCUUUGGAGAGACAAUCAGGGUGCUGUGCAAAGUCAAAAUGGCAUCAUCAUUUGCUGAGAAAAUAUUGAAAGCUACAGUCUUCAGGGCGAAGGGUUCAGAUUCUACUUCUCCCACACGGAAAUAUUCCGCUAGCAGCUCGACCUCCAAAAAAGUCUCCAGCUCGAGCUCCUCGUCCCCAUCGAAGCGAGCCCCUGUUCCCGACCCAGCCGUCCCUCUUCCGAGAACAAGUCUUUCUAACGUGGGCGCUUCGACGAGGAGAACUUCGGCAAGUGGUGUUCCGUCUUCUAUAUCCAGUGUAUUCGAUGGCAAAGCAGCUUCCCGCAAUGCCACAUUGACCAAGACUCCGAGUAAAAGUCAGAGUCAAAAUCCAGCAACUGAGGUGGCAUUUGUUACCGGCCCUCCUUAUGCCGUGCGGGCUAGCACGAGAUUGCAGGAGAGUCCCUAUGGAAAACAGUUGGCUUACGAAAAGACACCAAGAAGAUCCUCGUAUACCGCUUCUCUACAAAACCUUUCAGCCGCCUUAAGCAGUCCACAAUUGAGUCCUUCACCCCUUGUUUCUACUUUAGGUUCCUCGCCUGGUCUGGACUUUGGAGAUGUCCCAGGAAUCAGCUCGUCGCCCCUGGUGGGUGAGGUUAAUUCUCCGGCACGAACGGCACAGCAACACUCUGAUUCUUCAAGCGAGGACGAGACGCCACGGCUAGGAAUAUCGCCAGAUCGGGAACAGCAGGAGCCAGGAAGCAGUGGCCAACAGCGAGGGGCCGCACAUAAUUUCUCGACGUUCAAUCAUCCGAAUUCAAGCGUAAACGUCGGAGGGGCUUUUACAGGUGUAGUACCAUCAGACGUCUCGCUGAUGACGAAUCCUUUGUAUCCGGUUAUAUCACCGCUGGGCUCUUCUCCUCCUCAAUCUGCUCCACACAUUGAUGGAUUCAACAUACCUGCUAUCGGUAUAAAUCUUCCGAAUGCAGCUAGUGAUCUUUCUCCAGUUAAUAGGGAAGAAGAGAUUAACCCCCUAGACUCUGCGGCGGAUUUUCUUCAAAAAAGAAAAGCUGCAGCAGCUUCUCAGCGACAAAAGGGACCGGGUGCGGGUGAUCCAAACUCAGCCGCAAGUCAAGCUAUUCUUAAAAGGCGAACCCAGGUGCUAAGCACUGUGCAGAAAGCAAAAUCCCGAUUGUCGAUGCUCACAUUUGAGGUUACAAAGAAGAGGAGAAGCUUCAAGAACAACUGCUUUGGUCGUUUCCGACGCUGGAUGUAUGAAAGAGAACGCAGGAGAAUGAUGGGGAAGGGAACUGUCUUCAAUAAAUUAUGGUUGGCGUCACUGAAAGAGAUGGAGGUCAGCUAUGGUUCUCCGAUGAUGCUUGCUUUCUCGUUUAUCCGCUGGGUCUUUUUGUUGAAUGGGUUUCUGGCCCUCAUAUGGGUUUGUAUGAUCGUAAUUCCUUUUAUGGCUCACCCGCCGAAAACCUUCAGCUGGAAGGUAUUCUGGCAUAACCUUGGGGACAAAAAGGCUCUGAAGGACACGUUUCAGGGGAGUAACCUGGAGAAGUCGUUUGUUUACUAUGGCGGUUAUACCUACACUCGAGCUGAGCAGGAAGGAUGGUACCGAGUUGACUAUAUGUAUGGUGUGAUGAUUGCUGCGACAUUCCUCUUUAGUUUUCUUUGUGUCUUGAUCAGAAUUGCUGGAACUAUAAUGAGCAGUGGGGAUAUCGCCAUGGCUGCUCGCCUCUACCCAUUUUCUUCUCUUGUGUUUGCAUCUUGGGAUUUCCACCUUAUUAACAUAGACGCAGCCUCUAAGCUUCGCAGGGGUAUACGAAUGCAGUUGAGGGAGAUGCUGGCUGAUGCCGGAGCUCACGAGAAGACAAAUAGCCUAAGGGAUCGCCUCAUGUCAGCGAAGAGGGCUACAGCUCUGUUUGUUUUGUGGCCCUUGUUGAUGGCUGGAACUGUUGCCGUUGUCGUUGAACUUGUCACAAAGGCGGAGAGAGUGAACGCCGCAUUCGGAAGUAAUUAUGCGCAGGCAGUGCUGUUAUCAGUGCUCAAUAUUGUUACACCCAUGCUUAUUCGUGUACUUGUUGACAUGGAGGACUUCAAACCAGCUACAGCGGAACGAGUGGUCUUGAUGAAGCUUUUUUGUGUUCGCGUUCUUAAUUUAGCAUCUCUAUAUUACAGAUUGUUUAUGAUGCUCGACCACACGUUGCAGCUUAGAGAAAACAACGUCGUUGUUGAGUCUUGUUUAGGUGAACAAAAGUGCGAUGAAGGCUUUACUUGCUGUAAAACAACCAAUCUAACCCAGUGGAAUAUCUGCACAGAUAGAGAUAUCAAUUAUUGCUUGCCGGCCUGCACUGAGAAUAUUGUUGGAACACAAUUGCUGCGCCUCAUUUUCAUGACUACGUUAAUUAAUAAUGCUUACGAAGUGAUUUACGGAUUCGGCUAUGUGUGGCUCACUUCUGGGAAUAAACGACAACUCUAUAUAGAGGACAUGGCUAUCGAUAUUGUGUAUGUGCAAUCGCUUGUUUGGGUGGGCUCAUGCUUCAGUCCUUUGGCGACGGUAUUGGGCUUUUUCUCAAAUCUGCUCACCUGGUAUGGAAUGAGGCUUGCAUUGUUCAGGACUUGCGGACCCGUAGAAAAAGCGCACAGUGCAUCACGCACAUCAUCCCUUACCUAUGGUCUACUACUACUCACUCUCAUCUUGUCAACCAUUCCGGCGACUUUGAAUGUGAUGCAAAGGAGUAGUGGGUUUUGUGGACCUAUACAUGAACGCGUAUCCAUGUAUACAGUGCUGACUAGCUACAUCCAGAAAGCACCAUCAGGUUUGUGGCUCACUGUCCAGUGGUUAACAAAUCCAGCGGUAUUGCUGGGAGUCAUUCUCCUUCUCGUAUUCGGGGUCGUCCUUCUGCAAUCGAAAUUGGUCCAGUCACGCCAGUUUCUUGCGCUUACGAAACACGAAAUGGGUAUGCAACGGAGAGAAGCCUCCGAGAAACUCACUCGCGUUCGACAGACAGUUCAACCGUCUGGAGGCAGUUUUUCAGGUCCUGCUGCUAAGGUGGGACUACCUAGUUCUUUCCGAGGAUCGACCGAAGCGUCCGCCUCCCCCGUUCAAGUGGAAGCAGUUAACAUUCCUACCGAGACAAAUUAUAGAAGAGGAGAGAACAGUGGGUCCAUGAGGAAAUCAGACCUUGACUCUGGAAAAAUUGAUUAUCCAAAAAUAAACUAGUCAUGAAUGAUGUCCCUUGACUUUUACGCGUUGCUGGAAUGAAAUGUGAUGUCCUAAGACUUGUGUAAUCACUGUGCGUUGCGCU